AUGAUAAUGGGAAUAAGGAAAGGAUUAAAAGAAAAGGGAACGGCAAUAGAAGUAGAUAGGGAGGGUUGGAUUGCGGGAAAGGUCAGAACAGGUGGCGAGAACUGGAGUAUUAUAGGGGUGUAUGCAAAGAAAGAGGGGAUGGAGGAGAACGUACAGGAGUUAGGAGAUAGAAUGGAAAAGAAAGAAGAAGGAAGGUAUACGAUAAUUGGGGGAGAUUUUAAUGCGAGGACUGGUCAAAAAGGUGGGAGGAUAGAGGAAGAGGAGGGAGGAGGACUGGGAGAAGGAAGAAGGUCGAAGGACAAGAAGGUGGACAGAGAGGGGAGACUGUUGGUAAAUAGCUUAGAGGAGAGAGGAUGGGAGAUAUUCAAUGGAAAUGUGAGAGGAGACGAGGAGGGGGAGUUUACCUUCACGGGGGGAAAAGGAGAUACGGUGAUCGACUACAUAAUAGGGGAAGGAGAAGUAAGAGAGAAGAUAGUGAGCAUGGUAGUGGGGGAGAGAGUAGACUCGGACCAUCACCCAUUGGAAAUAGUAGUAAGAAGGGGGAAAGAGGAGGAAGGCAGGAGAGGAGGGUGGAAGAAAAGAAACAGGGGGGUGUGGAACGAGGAAGGAGCAAAGAGGUUUAUAGAAAAAAUAGGAGAGGUGGAAGAAAAGGAAGAAGAGUUGAAUAAGGAAUGGGAAGAAAUGGAAACAAGAAUAACAGAGGCAAUAAAAGGGGUAGAGGAGGAGCUGGGAAAUAAGAAAGGGAAGGUGGGAUGGUGGGAUGAGGAAUGUCGAGAAGCGAAGAAAGAGACAAGGAGAAAAUUAAGGGACUGGAGGAAGAAAAGAGGGGAAGCCAGUGCGUACAAGGAAAGGAGGAAAGAAUUUAAGGAGAUAUGUAAGAGAAAGAAGAAAGAGGAGAACCAGAGAUGGGAGAGAAAAGUGGAGGGGGCAAGGAGGGAGGCGGAGGUGUACACGGCUAUUCUGGCGGAGAGGCUAAGGGAGGAGAUAGAGGGAAAGAGAAUGGUACCGCACAACCAGACAGGUUUUAGAAGGGGAAUGGGAACGAUAGACAACAUUUACGUGUUGAACUACAUGGUGAACAGAAGGUUAGAGAAGAAAGGGGGAAAACUGAUAGCAUGUUUUGUGGACCUUAAGGCGGCGUUCGAUUCGGUGGAUAGAGGAAUACUAAUAAAAGCUAUGAGAGAAAGGGGAAUAAGGGAAGGACUGGUGAGAAGGACGGAAGAGAUGUUAAGAGAGACGAAGAGUAGGGUAAGAGGAGGAAACGAAUUGGGAGAAGUAUUCUGGACGGGGAGGGGAGUAAGACAGGGAUGCCCUUUGAGCACGAUUCUAUUCAAUGUGUUGCUAGCGGACCUGAAAGAGGAAAUGGGUAGAGUUAAAUGGGGAGGGAUAAUGCUAGGAGGCAAGAGGGUGUAUACUCUGGCCUACGCGGAUGAUAUAGUGCUAAUCGCAGAGGACGAGGACCAAAUGAGGAGUCUGAUAGAAAGACUAGAGGGGUACCUGGGCAGGAAGAGAUUGGAAUUGAACGUGGGGAAAACAAAAAUAAUGAGGUUUAGGAAAGGAGGAGGCAGGGACAGUAAGAGAAAGUGGAGAUGGGAAGGAAAAGAGUUAGAAGAGGUGAAGGAAUUUCGGUAUUUAGGAUACGUGUUUCAAAGAAAUGGAGGGCAGGAAGCCCAAAUAAGGGAAAGGAUCAAAAAGACGGCCACAGUGAUGGGAAAAGUCUGGGGGAUAGGGAAGAGGAGAUUCGGGAAAGACUGGGGAAAAAGACUGUGGCUGUUCGAUAGACUGGUGUGGACGGUGUUGAGUUAUGGAGCGGAAAUAUGGGGAUGGAGAGAAAGGGAAGGAAUAGAAAGAAUGGAAGAAAGGUACAUUAGAUGGGUAUUGGGAGCGGACGUGAGAACACCGUGGUAUCUAAUGAGGGAGGAAUUACAAAGGGAGAAAUUAAGAGGGAGAGCAGGAAUGAGGGCAUGGAGAUUUGAGAAAAAGUUAGAGGAGGGUGGAGGAAGUGAACUGGCGAGGUCUGCCUGGGAAGAGUUGAAGGAAUGA